AUGUCCCUGCAAGACCUGCCGUCGCCGCUUUUGGCACUCAUCGUUUCAUAUGUCGUCGCUGACCGUUGGUUGCAGCACGCACACACCCGCGACCAAGUGGCUGCGUUGAGACUUACCUGCCGAACCCUCAAUGGGGCUACCGUAUACCAGGCCUUCUCUCGCCUGGAUGUUGCCGCGAACCGCGGACAUCUCGACCAUCUCAACACUCAAGCGUUGGCGCUGGUCGCCCGCGAAAAGGCUCGUCUGCCCAACAGCCCUGGUGUCCUAUUUACAAGCAUCGCCGACCUCAGCGCCGUACUGAUCAGUAUUGCUGCUGAUGAGCCACGCCUGCAGCGUGAAGAUACGGAAUAUGUGCCCGGCUUCAUUGACGCUGCAAUUGUGCUUUUGGGCCCGCGGGACAUUGUAGACCACCUCGCCUUCCAAAAUCUGCCCGCUGGUGUAUGUUUCUUUGGAUCGCGUUUCAAUGCCCAUCACCUCGCCUUACUUGCUGCGGCCUGGCAGGGCGACCUUGAGCUGGUGCUGUUUCUGCUGGACAGCGAGAGCUUGAAGCCAGCUGGCAAAAGUCUACUUUCGGCGUUCUAUCUCGCUGCCUUCAAAGGCCACACCGAGCUACUUUGCCUGCUGAAAGAGCACGGAAACAUUCAAGUCGAUGCGCCAUGUGGCUUUUACGGGAAUGCCCUGAUGGCAGCCGUUGCUGGAGGGAGUCUUGAGAGCAUCGAUUGCAUUAUUGAAUGGGGUGCUGAUGUCAACUUCUUGGGCACACUGUUUGGGCGGCCCUUGACAUUAGCCGUGUCAUCUGGCUGCCUGGGUGCUGUACAGCUGCUACUCGAAGCGGGAGCCGAAGAAAACGCCUGUGAUAUGAUGAAGCAGAGCCCAUUGGUCGUCGCAGCCAUAAAAAAGCCUCAUACAAUUGCUCUCCGUGAAAUUCUGGAGCUUCUCCUGCUGCGCAACGCGGAGAUCUCUAUUCUUCCCAAGGAAAAGGCUAAGGCAUUUGCCUAUGCUGCGUCUUAUGAUAAUCCGUCUGCCGUUGAAAUUCUAUUGAAGAACGGUAUCACGGACGACCUAUAUGGCACUGCUCUAAUAACCUCUGCGAUAGCGAACACGCGGAACCUAGAUGUCGUUCGGCUUCUGUUGGAGCGCCUCGGAGAUUCUACACUACCUUCUAGCACACUAUUGACCACUGCUAUACAGCGAAACUUCCCGGAACUGGUGAAACUAUGCAUUGAGGAAAAAGAUGAUUUCGACCCAUGUAUGUAUGAAGCAUCGAUCGCACUAGAAAACUCUUUACGAGACGGCUAUGUAGACAUCCCAAAAAUGCUGUUUGACUCUGGAGCUAGGCUAAGACUUACUGAGCAAGAUGUACUAUGGGUUGCUGAGAAAGUUUUUCAUACCUCCCUCAUUGACAGGUUGGCGGAAUGCGGCCUUGAAUUCGAUGCCAACACAUUUGAAUGUGCUAUUCGUUUUGGAAAUCCGUUUUUGCUCUCGAAGACACUUUCGGGAGGAUUUGAAUAUGAAGCUCUAGGUGAUGGAGAGUACCUACCUCCAAAGGUUAGGCUGUGUGUCUGGGAUACCGAACUGCCUGCUGUCCAAGGACUUUUAAACACCAAUGCUAUUCGAUUUUCCUCUAUUACAGUGUCCGACAUGCUUCAACAUGCAACGCAACGUCGUGAUGUUGCAACAGUCAAACGGCUCACUAGUUGCUAUCCGGGCGCUGUACUCCAAACUUACCCUAGAAACAAUGAUGACUUUGCGGCUACAACAAUUGCCAUGCUUCUCCACAGUGCAGAAAAGACAUUCCGUAAAGACGAAGCGGCUGCUUUGCUGAAGGAACAAGGCCCUGAAAUUGUUGCCAUUGCAAAUGAACUACAGGAGAAAAACAUCCAACUUUGCUCCCUUUUCAAAAGUACCACCACUAAACUCAGCCAUUUUAUAGAACUUGGUUGUGUCUCAGCACUGGAGUUUUUUCUCAGGAGUUCUGGUGCGCAUGCUAUGCAGCGAGACCACAAAGUAUUGGCGGCUAUCAAAGAUAUCGAUAUCCUAAAAGUGGUGCUGAAAUACUACCCUAAAGAACUAUCUAGCCAACUGACGGACCGGAAAUGGUGCCGCCACGUCUUUACAAAGGCUGUUGAAUCUCGAAACCACCCACUGGUCGAGUAUCUCGUCAAGUUGGGAUUCGGAGAGCACGGACGAGCGUUUCAUGUUUAUCCUAGGAAUAAUCACACGGGCCUGAAGCCCUCGUACUGUUAUGAAAAGGACCCUGUUCUUGCCAGUGAAACGAUGCUCCGCCUCUUCAUGGCCCGAGAAGGAUGCCCACUAGUCGACCAGAAUGCUUCGGUGGUCGAAUGGUUGAAAUACAUUCCCAGGGACCACUUCGCCACGCAGCUGCAGAUUCUCGUCGACGAUGGUGCGGACAUCAACACCCCUAUUCCCUCCGUAGGCAAUGCGCUAUCUGUAGCCGUAGCACAUGGAAAUGAAGAUAUGGUACGUUUGCUUCUGGCCUACGGCGCUGAUCCAGGUCCGUGUGUGGGGGCUCAGAUACAGAGCACGGCAUUGUGCGAAGAGGCAAGAUUUGUGCCAAAACUACUUGCGCAAGCCCUGGUGAAGAAUAUGCGGGAAAAGCUCGGUUAG